UAGCGCAACAGACAGUUCUGCACUUUGUUAGGGCUACUUUGUUGUUUAUAACGAUUCACUGUUGCGCUCUUUUAUGUUAUAGUUUAUAGUGACGAGGCGGGGAUAUUUACGCACCGUUUGGAAAGAAAGAAAGAAAGAAAGAGAGAUAAAGAGAAAGAGAGAGAAAAGGAGAAAAUCCAGUCAACGGGCUGACGGCUGGAUUGAAUUUCCGACUGGAAUGCUGUUGUUGAGAGAGAGAACGGGGCUGUGUGCAGAGUGAGUGUGAGUAGGGGGACUCUAUAUACCUGGAUCCCUGGAUCAUGCCUCACUCCCCGGACUCCAGCUGCUAAACUAGCCGGAAGACGGCAGCUCUUCCCAGCCACAGGGAAGGGAACACUACCCAUUCUUCUUUCUCUGUCCUUUCUCCUCUCCUCCUUUCCCUCUCUCCAGGCGGAGAGAAAGAGAGGAAACAGUCGAUAGCGGAGAGACAAGAAGGAGUUAAGUUGGGAUUCUAACUUCUUUGGACUUUUGCUCCAUUUCUGGGGGCUUCAACGUUUUGACGGUAAAAAAAAAAAAAAAAAAAAGGAUAAGAGAACCGAGGAGAUAUGACCGGUUGUUGAUGCUGGCUGCUGGCCCGGCAGGGACCGAGUUUACGGGUUUCCGUGAUUGAUGUGGGUCAUCCGGCAGGCGGACAGCGGACCUAGCUGACACCACACCGGGUCCCGGGACAGAGAUUGUGAUCAGUGAUCGAUAAUCAGGAGUGUAGCUGUUUGGUAUGGAGCGAAGAGGCAGCUGGAGCACCGUGGCCGGGCUAUGCCUCGUGCUAACCGGGCUGGUUCUGUCACCGUGCAUGGCGGAGGAAGACGUGGUGAUGAACACUAAGCUAGAGACUUCAGAUCUACGAUGGACUGUCUACCCCCACACAGACCCUGAGUGGGAGGAGAUGAGUGGUCUGGAUGAUGAGGGGAACAGUGUGAGGACCUAUCAGCUGUGUCCUGGAGACGGCAGCACCUCUCAUUGGCUUAGGAGCCGGCUGAUCCCCCGAAGGACCGCCUCCGUGCUCUACGUAGAGAUAAGGUUUACGAUGAUGGAGUGUUCGUCUCUUCCCUAUAACUCCCACCGGUCCUGUAAAGAGACAUUUAACCUGUACCACUAUCAGACAGACACGGACGAAGCUACCAACACGCACCCUGCCUGGAUGGAGAACCCCUAUACCAAGGUGGACACAGUAGCAGCUGACUUCCUGCUUCGAAGGGGUGGAGAGAAGAAAUCCAAUGUGAAGACGCUCAGGAUUGGUCCAUUAACUAAAAGGGGCAUGUACCUAGCCUUCCAAGCACAGGGAGCCUGUAUGGCUCUGCUGGCUGUCAGGGUAUAUUUUAAGAAGUGCCCCCCCCUGACGCGCUCCUUCUCCCGGUUCCCUGAGACGGUUCCCCAUGGCCUGGUGGAGGGGGCUCAGGGUGUGUGUGUGGACAACGCCGUGACGCCCCCGGGCGAGCUGGAACGCCCUCCCAGCAUGCUGUGCGGUGAGGACGGACAGUGGGUCGGUCAGCCUGCCACCACCUGUGCCUGCAGACCAGGGUAUGAGGCCACGGAUACAGAACUACAAUGUAGAGCUUGUCCAGUGGGUCAGUAUAAGGCAGGGUCAGGGGUCGGUGGGUGUGUCCUGUGUCCAACCAAUAGCAACACCAUGGUAACAGGCUCCGCCUACUGCCUCUGUCGUCCUGGUUACCACAGAGCGGAUUCCGACCCCGGACACACACCAUGUACACGCCCCCCCUCAGCACCCCGCUCCAUCAUAACCCAGAUCAAUGACACCAUGGUAACCUUAGAGUGGUCGGAGCCUUUAGAACGCGGUGGUCGUGGAGACCUGACUUACAGCGUGGGGUGUGUCCGAUGUAGCUCCUCCCCCCAGAGGGUGUGUCUUCCCUGUGGAGAGGGCGUGUCCUAUCGCCCCGCCCAGCGUGGCCUAUCACAGCGCAGGGUGGUCGUCAGGGGGCUCCUCCCACACACCUCCUACACCUUCACCGUCCAAUCAGAGAAUGGCGUCUCACAGCUCAGCCUAUCAGAACCCUCCGUGGAGAGGGUCAAUAUCACAACCAGCCGAGACGUCCCAGCUAUAGUGACAGGUAUAAGACGGACCAAGGCAUCAGAGAACAGUCUGACUCUACAGUGGAACAGUCCCCAACACACACCCAACACUGUCCUGGAGUACCAGCUACGAUACUGUCCCCAGGAUGGUCCAGACUCUGGUCAGUGGCAGUAUGUAACCAGCGUGGUCAGUAGUGUUGUGGUCAGUAACCUCCAGAGGUCCACUAGUUACCAGGUGCAGGUCAGAGCCAGAACCAUGGCUGGAUACAGCAACUUCUCCCCAGCCUCGACCUUCACCACCCUGCCUGACGAAGGGGAGGCCCACUCUCAGAUGAUGGUGACAGGUGUUCUGGUUGCCAUGGGGAUACUCCUCCUCAUUACUGUGGUGAUCAUCACUGGAUACUGCUACUGUAAACAGCUGUGUGGGAAGGAUAUAGAGAUGAAUGAUCAGAAUGGACAGUACCUGAUGAGACAGACAGGUAUGAAGGUGUACAUUGACCCGUUCACCUACGAGGAUCCUAACGAGGCGGUCAGAGAAUUCGCUAAAGAGAUAGACGUGUCCUUCGUCAAGAUAGAGGAGGUCAUUGGAGCUGGGGAGUUUGGAGAGGUGUGUCGGGGCAGACUGAAGGUCCCUGGUAAGAAGGAGAACUAUGUGGCCAUCAAAACUCUGAAAGGAGGAUACACUGACAAACAGAGAAGGGACUUCCUGUCUGAGGCCUCCAUCAUGGGUCAAUUCCAAUCUGUAGGUCAGUUCCAGCACCCCAACAUUAUCCACCUGGAAGGAGUCAUCACAGCUUCCUGUCCUGUUAUGAUACUGACUGAGUUUAUGGAGAACGGAGCCCUCGACAGCUUCCUUAGGGUGAAUGAUGGUCAGUUCACUCCUCUUCAGCUGGUAGGGAUGUUACGUGGGAUAGCCUCAGGUAUGAAGUACCUAUCAGAGAUGAGCUAUGUUCAUCGGGACCUGGCAGCUCGUAACAUCCUAGUCAACUCUAACCUGGUCUGUAAAGUGUCUGACUUCGGCCUGUCCCGAUUCCUCCAGGAGAACUCCUCAGACCCCACAUACACCAGCUCACUGGGUGGUAAGAUCCCCAUACGUUGGACAGCUCCAGAGGCGAUCGCGUUCAGAAAGUUUACGUCGGCCAGUGAUGCGUGGAGCUACGGCAUCGUGAUGUGGGAGGUGAUGAGCUUCGGGGAGCGGCCCUACUGGGAUAUGAGUAACCAGGAUGUGAUCAAUGCUAUAGAACAGGAGUACCGGCUGCCCCCCCCACCAGAGUGUCCCUCCUCUCUACACUCCCUCAUGUUAGACUGUUGGCAGAAAGAGAGAUCCGCUCGGCCGCGAUUCGCCAACGUGGUCUCAACACUCGAUAGGCUGAUCAGAAAUCCCGCCUCCCUGAAGAUCACACGGCCCGACGAACCUGGGUCCUGUCAGCCCCUGUUAAACCAGCGCCCCCCCCCUCCACUGUCAGCCUGUGGGUCUGUCUCUGAGUGGCUACAUGCUAUCAAGAUGUCUCGCUAUGAAGAGAGAUUUACUCAAGCAGGAUUCACCAACCUGGAUGUUAUAGCACAGAUCUCUACAGAAGACCUGUUGCGUAUAGGAGUGACUCUAGCAGGACAUCAGAAGAAGAUUCUCUCCAGCAUCCAGACCCUAAGAGUCCACAAAGCUCCUCCCACACUCCGAUACUGACCAAUCACCUCCCACAGCGCCUUCCAUGUUUCCAUACUGACCAAUCACCUCCCACUGCCCUCUGGAACCCCAUCCCAACGCUCAAAUACUGACCAAUCACACCAAAAGCCAAUCCCACAGCUCCUCCGAAAAUCAAAUACUGACCUAACACUUUACAGCAAACCCUUCAACAGGCCACCAGCCAACCACAACCCAGCUGUGAUGAUGUCACCAUGCCAACAGUCUCCCAAGCCAAUCACUGUGAUCGGUUCCACUGUGAUGUCACAGCAGGGACUCUUCAACCAAUCACCUAUGAGGAGGAAUACAGAGGGAAAGAGCCGCCAGAGAGAGAGAUGGACAUGAACUGAUAAUGUAAUGUAGUUCACCUCUCUCCUCAGAGAAUCCUCUAGUAUAAUUAUCCUGCUGCCCGGAAUACUGCAACAAUACCAUUGGAAUACUGCAACAAUACCAUUGGAAUACUGCAACAAUACCAUUGGAAUACUGCAACAAUACCAUUGGAAUACUGCAACAAUACCAUUGGAAUACUGCAACAAUACCAUUGGAAUACUGCAACAAUACCAUUGGAAUACUGCAACAAUACCAUUGGAAUACUGCAACAAUACCAUUGGAAUACCGUGGAAGAGGUUUCCUUUGAACACUGUUUGGGAUAAAGGAUUUCCCCCUCAGUUCCCCCAGAUACCCCCUCUGACUGAGGUGUGGUGGUGGACCUAGUAGACUGAGGUGUGGUGGUGGACCUAGUAGACUGAGGUGUGGUGGUGGACCUAGUAGACUGAGGUGUGGUGGUGGACCUAGUAGACUGAGGUGUGGUGGUGGACCUAGUAGACUGAGGUGUGGUGGUGGACCUAGUAGACUGAGGUGUGGUGGUGGACCUAGUAGACUGAGGUGUGGUGGUGGACCUAGUAGACUGAGGUGUGGUGGUGGACCUAGUAGACUGAGGUGUGGUGGUGGACCUAGUAGACUGAGGUGUGGUGGUGGACCUAGUAGACUGAGGUGUGGUGGUGGACCUAGUAGACUGAGGUGUGGUGGUGGACCUAGUAGACUGAGGUGUGGUGGUGGACCUAGUAGACUGAGGUGUGGUGGUGGACCCUACUCCCUACACAGUGCACCCUACUCCCUAAGCAGUGCACCCUACUCCCUAAGCAGUGCACCCUACUCCCUACACAGUGCACUACCUCUGAAGACAGAGACUAUAGAUGUGGAUGGAUCUAUUUUACAGUAUAACUUUUAUACCUGACUGAUUUAAAACCUGACUUAUUCUAGAGAGACUGACUCCAGUGGUGGAAAAAGAACCCAACAGUCAUACUUGAGUAAAAGUAAAGAUACCUUCAUAGAAAAUGACU